CGUAUAAAUAACAAAGUACGACUCUUACUGCCUACUUUCUCCACAACUACUUCAACAGUGUCAGCCCCAUGAAUGAAUGAAUGAAUGAAUGCUGCUUGCACAACACAAAUCCCGCACACCCUUUCACCGCUCAAUUCUGGGGGUUAGUUUGCUUGCUGCUGCAUUUGCCCGAUUCCGCCGCGAUAUCGAACCAUAAUCACUACUGGUUCUAGCAGCAAUGAGGACGGCGGCGGCGGCAUCGUCUCAUUUGGUCACAUUGCCGUCAUGGCACGACAAGAGGCUUCAUAAUAAUCUGCACCCAGCUUGUUGUGUUAAGCUGCGGACGAAAGAUCAUCAUCAGGUGGUGGCGAUGAACAGAAACGAGUCACGGUUACACAAGGCAUCGAAAUUUGGGUGCAAUUCGGCCACCAGAGGAAUUUGUCGACGUUGCAGUCGGCAGGUAGUGUUUAGUAAGGCUGGAGUGAGUUUGCAGGAAGGGUUUGGCUCGUUUCGAGAGGAUGAAGGGAGUUGGCAUAGUAGCUUGACAAGUGGUGUGGUGGAGAAAUUGGAGGCCUUUUACAGGUUCUCUCGCCCUCACACCGUCAUUGGCACUGUCAUCGGGAUAACAUCAGUAUCACUGCUUCCCUUGCAAACGAGCAGUGAGAUCUCUCCUGCGUUUGUGAUGGGUUUGAUCAAGGCAGUGGUGCCGUCUGUGUGCAUGAACAUAUACGUAGUGGGAUUGAACCAACUGUUUGAUGUGGAAAUUGACAAGGUAAACAAACCCACUCUGCCACUGGCUUCUGGUGAGUUCUCGAUGGCAACUGGGGUUACAAUUGUUGCUGCAUCUCUGAUAACAAGCAUUUACAUGGGGGUGAAAUUUCAGUCCCCUCCCCUUCUGGCUGCCUUGCUCAUUAGCUUUCUGCUUGGGAGUGCUUACUCUGUUGAACUUCCGCUUAUGAGAUGGAAGAGGCAUGCAUUUCUGGCAGCUAGUUGCAUCCUGAUCGUGAGGGCAGUCGUUGUCCAACUAGCUUUCUUCAUACACAUGCAGAAAUUCGUGCUUGGAAAACCAGUAGCAAUUACCAGAACCUUGGUGUUUGCGACUGCUUUCAUGUGCUUCUUCUCAGCUGUCAUUGCACUCUUCAAGGACAUACCUGACCUGGAUGGAGACAGGGACUUUGGAAUCCAAUCUUUUACUGUCAAGUUGGGACAAGAAAAAGUUGCAGGCCAUAGUACACUUGCAGUGAUGUUGUGGUUGCAAGCACAAUCAGUGGAUCUCACCACCAACACUUCCAUUACUUCUUUUUACAUGUUCAUCUGGAAGCCGUCGCACAAGUCGUUCAUGAUCAAGAAGAAGCUGGCGAAGAAGAUGCGCCAGAACAGGCCCAUCCCUUACUGGAUCCGCAUGAGGACCGACAACACCAUCAGGUACAAUGCGAAGCGCAGGCACUGGCGUAGGACCAAGCUUGGGUUCUAAGGUGUUUGUUUGGGUUUUAUUUCAAUUCCCUUUUCUGUUGGAACCCUUUUCUGUUUUUUCCGAAUGAAUUAGCAGUGGUUGAGGAUAGUAUUGAACAAUCUGUACUGGGAUUAUAUUUUUGUUCUGGCGCAAAGUUUCUAUGCAGUCUGUAAGGGUUUCAUUUCGAUGAUUCUCUGUUAGUCACUUAAUUGUCUUUCUAGUUUGAUUUUGUGCAAUUGAAUCGUGUUUGGCAAAGCAUCAUAGGCUUCUGUGGAUCUUACAGUUAUCUUGCUACGUUGGUUGUGAGAACGGAUCGAUUCCUCUGUGCAAGAAUAGUCUUCCCCAAUAUUAUUUUGGAUUUGUUUCCCUACUCUGUUCCUUCUUUCAGAUGGUCAAGUUAAUCUAGGGUUUCAUCUCUUUUGGGAAAGAAAAAGAGAGAUGGUGCAACCGUGUUUGAUCUGUGACUGUAUCACUUCAUUUAUUUGACCAUUAUCCUUGUGUUUAUCGUAUUGAAGUUUAGAAC